AUGGAUCUCUGGGAGAGGGCGCGGUCCUUCGCCGGCGAGGCGGCGAAGCGGUCGCAGGAGCUGUCGCUGGAGGCGGCCAAGCGGUCGUCGGUGCUGGUGUCGGAGACGGCCAAGAAGUCCAAGGAGAUCUUCUCGGAGACCGCCAUCAAGUCCCGCGAGAUGGCCGCGGAGGCGACCAAGCAGGCCGACCUCCUCGCCGGCCAGAUCAUGCACCUCGCCUCGGACAUCCCCGUCCCCUCCAUCCCGCCCAUCCCCGCGAUCUCGCCCCUCCCCUCCGCGGCUGAGUCGGAGCCCGACGCCGCCGAGCUCGAGCGCUACGGCAUCACCGAAGACCUCCGCGCGUUCGUCAACGGCAUGACCAUAAGCACGUUCCGCGACUUCCCCUUGCAAGAUGAGCCGGAGAUGUCUGAUGUGCCCACGGUGUCGAAUGUGCGUCAGGAUCUGAACGAAUGGCAGGCUAGGCACGCCACUCUCGUCCUCUCGGCCGUCAAGGUUUUGUCUCGAUUAACCAUUUCAGUCAAUGGGGGUUUAAUGCAUGAAAUUUCAAAGUUCAGAUAUGAGCUGUGCCCAAGAUACAUGAAAGAGCGUAAAUUCUGGCGAGUUUAUUUCUUGCUAGUAAACAACUAUGUAACCCCUUACGAAACCAAAUAUUUUGAGGAGCUGAAAGUGAAAGCCGAGGAGGAAAAAAUGGUUGCCCAGAAGGAAAUAUCACAGACCUCACAAGCUACAACUUCAGAAGAGAAAGACACGAAGGUGCCAAGCAAGACAUCUACCUCAUCAAAUCGAGAGCAGGAUCUGGAUGUAUUUCUUCUUGGAGAUCUAGGCAGUGAUGAUGAGGGUCCUGAUGCUGGCGAUGAUGAUGAGCUAGACGAUGACUUUGAUAAGAUAGAUGGUGCCUCAGUAAGUACACCUGCUUCCCGUAAAAUAGAUACCGUCACUAGCCAGUUUAUAAGAUGGUAUUGGUCUAGUGUUUCAUACCCAUGGAAUGCAGUUUUGAUGUGCGGUAACCGUAUUGGACAAGACAUUGUACAUUUGGAAUUCCUUGUUCUAGUGCUACUACCAAUGUGA